UUUUCUCUCUCCCUCCACACUCCGCCAUCGCAUUUUUCCUCUCUCCAAUUCAAAAUUUUGAGAGCUCCAUCCAACCCUAGCUCUCUCUCUCUCUAGAAUUGUAUAUACAUAGAUAUAUAGCAGAACGGUACAAUCGCACGGGAAAAUGAGGAAGGGCACUAAGAGAAAGGCGCCGAGCCGCAAAGACGGAGCCGCUAAAUCCAAGCCGGAGGAGGCCGAGAAUGAGGCGAGUAAAGCCACCGUAGAAGAGAACAACAAGGAGGAGGUGGUUGAGAAGAGCCAAUCCGCGGCUGCUGCUGCUGAAGAGGAAGAGAGUAGUAAAGUUGAGCAGACUGAGGAGAACAACAAGUCUGAGCCGAGUACCAAGCUGGCUGAGGAGGAGAACGAGGAGAAGGAGAAGGAGGAGCAGAGUACCAAGCCGGUUGAAGAGAAGAAGAAGGGAAAGGAGAAGGUGGAGCCGAGUAAAGCUGUGAAGCGACGAGGUAAGCGAGCUAGAAUAACGAAGCAGGAGGAUGAGCCUGAGUACUUCGAGGAGAAGCGUAAUCUGGAAGAUCUAUGGAAACAGGUGUUUCCUGUUGGCACAGAGUGGGAACAGCUUGACUUGGUUUACCAGUAUAAAUGGAGUUUCCAAAAUUUGGAAGAUGCAUUUGAAGAAGGUGGGGAGUUACAUGGGAAGAAAGUAUAUCUUUUUGGAUGUACAGAGCCACAAUUUGUAUCUUUCCAGGGGCAACAAAAACUAGUCGUGAUCCCUGUCGUGGUUGCUGUGGUAUCUCCUUUUCCACCCUCUGACAAAAUUGGAAUUACCUCAGUACAGAGGGAGUCUGAAGAAAUUUUACCCAUGAAGCAGAUGAAAAUGGAUUGGAUACCUUAUAUUCCUUUUGCAAAUAGGGACUCUCAAGUUGAAAGACUUAAAUCCCAAAUAUUCAUUUUAGCUUGUACACAGAGAAGGGCUGGUUUGAAACAUUUGAAGAUUGAUCGUGUAAAGAAAUUUGAAUAUUGCCUUCCUUACUUCUAUCAGCCGCUGAGGGAAGACGAAUUUGAGAACAAAACAGAUGUGGACAUUUUAUUUCCUGAUACAGAACCACCAAUAGUCUGCGAGUUUGAUUGGGAGCUUGAUGAACUUGAGGAGUUCACAGACAAAUUUAUUGAGGAAGAUCAAUUGCCUGCUGACAAAAAGGAUGCCUUCAAGGAAUUUGUGAAGGAGAAAGUACGAGAAGCCAAGAAGGCCAAUCGUGAGGCAAGGGAAGCCAGGAGAAAAGCAAUUGAAGAAAUGAGUGAUGAAACAAAGGCUGCAUUUGAGAGUAUGAAAUUCUACAAAUUCUAUCCAGUCACUACUCCUGAUUCACCUGAUGUAUCGAGUGUCAAGGUAAAUAUGUGAAAAAGCGGCGACUUU